AUGGGCAAGUUCCUAAAGGCUGGUCGGAUUGUGGUCAUGCUGCAGGGGCGAUACGCCGGCAAGAAGGCCGUGGUGGUGAAGGCCUUCGAUGAUGGCUCGAAAGCCCGCUCCUUUGGCCAUUGCCUCGUUGCUGGCAUUGACCGAGCUCCUUUGAAAGUCACCAGGGGUAUGUCCAAGAAGAAGAUUACAAAGAGAACCAAGGUCAAGCCUUUCGUGAAGUAUGUCAACUACAACCACGUCAUGCCAACCCGAUACCAGGUGCCGAACGAGCUGACACCCGCGAGCAUUGCCACGGAUCAGCAGAUGGAUACUCUUGACGGCCGAAAAGAGGCCCGCAAGUUCGCCAAGAGUCUGUUCCAGGAGAAGUUCCAAGCACCGCCGCCGGACAAGUCGGGUCGCCCCUCCAAGGAUGUGCUGUACUUGCGGAAGAAGCUUCGCUUCUGA